AUGAAGUCUCUCUUCUUCAUAUCCAUGCUGUCUGUUAUACCUCUCGUAGCCUCCCUGCCGACGGCGUUGGAAGACGACGAGAAGAUCCACCAAGAGGCCAGCCGGUUCAGAUAUCCGUGGUUGAACAUGACACUGAGCAACCUGGCCACCGUCUGCCAAAAGACAGAGACCUCAGAUAUGUAUAACUGUACACUAGAUUUCGACUUUUACGAUUACAACACAGAAGGCGUCGUCGAUGUCAACGGCGCUCACUGUAAUGCAACUUGGCCGUGGGACGGGAUAACCCCUGACAACGGCCCGAACAACGAUUUCCCCAUCAAUGGAGCAUUCUGCUGGACGUCACCAACGAACCUCUUCUCGUUCAAGGUCGUCGAGUUCCGUUCAGCCUCAAACUUCAUGAUAUCUGUGAGCCACUUGUACAAAGACUCCAGGUAA